GAAUUAGCUUCCGGCUGCUGGGACUAGAGCUUCUUGUGUGGGGGCGAGUAAGAUCAGGCAAGCAGGCUGGGCAUGGGACACUGACAGCAGCUGGAUUGAGACUGAGAGUACUAGGCUGAUGAUUUCCAUCCUUCAAUUAUAGCAACUUCCAAGCAGCGCAGGAGCUGAGAUGAGCUAAUUCUCAGUUUGAGAAUAAUAACUGCAUUAAGCUCUAGGGUUUAAUCUUUCUGGAAGAGCUCUCUGUCAGCUAUUUUCAAAGCAGUGUAAUGUUCUGACUACUCACAAUGGGCAGGCGGUACCCAGGUUCAUCUUAUCGACCAAGCAGCUCAUAUAUCUAAUUCUAACAUAUGUCCUGAUCCAUUGCUGACGCCUUUGUGACCCAUGUCUGAAGUCCUUCAAGUCGAUUCGAGUGUGGAAACACUUCCUGUGUUUAUGGCAAGCCACAGCGCGACAGACAUUGUGAAUCGGAAUGGCCCAGUGAGCCCACCAAAUACUCUUAACCUGCGCUCGUCUCAUAAUGACUUGCUGAAUGCAGAUGCAAAGCACACUGAAACAAAAAGUAAUACACCUCCAAAAUGCAGGAAAAAAUAUGCACUGACCAAUAUUCAGGCAGCCAUGGGCUUGUCUGACCCUGCAUGCCAACCUCUCUUAUCAAACAGUGCUCAAAAUAUUAAGAUAGUUAAGAAUGGAGAAAAUCAGCUUAGAAAAGCAGCUGAACAGGGGCAGCAAGACCCAAACAAAAAUGUCAGUUCAGAAGUUGGUGUCAACAGAAUUUCAGAGAAGUCAGAAAGAAAAGAGGAAAUUUCUGAUGAACCCGAAACCCAACCAUUGCUGCCAAGAAGAACCAAAAGCUUCCUUAAUUACUAUGCAGACCUUGAAACUUCCAGAGAUCUUGGGCAGAGUCUUGAAAAUGGUCAUACAGUGAAGGAAGAAGAAACCACUCCAUGGGUAGCUAGCCAAGGACCUCAUAUAAUUACUAAUGGAGAUAUACAGCCACCAAAGCAAAGCAAGACUCAAAGUCCUGAUGAUAGCCAAAUGCCUACUGUAUCAUCAAGCCCAGAGACUAAAAAGGACCAUCCAAAGACUGGAGCAAAGACAGACUGUGCAUUACACCGCAUUCAGAACCUGGCGCCAAGUGAUGAAGAUUCAAGUUGGACCACACUAUCCCAGGACAGCGCUUCACCAGUUUCACCAGAUGAGACAGCAGAUAUCUGGAGUGAUCAGUCCUUUCAGACAGACCCAGACCUACCACCUGGCUGGAAGAAAGUCAAUGACAUUGCUGGAACCUAUUACUGGCACAUACCAACAGGGGCAACCCAGUGGGAGCGCCCUGUGUCUGCACCAACAGAUCUUCCAGGGUCACGAAAAGGAUCUCUAAGCUCUGUCACUUCAUCACCUACUCCAGAGAAUGAGAAACAGCCAUGGAGUGAUUUUGCUGUUCUGAAUGGGGGAAAGAUUGAUGUUAACAUUUGGAAGGACUUGCAUGCUGCUACAGUGAACCCAGAUCCAAGUCUAAAGGAGUUUGAAGGGGCAACUUUGCGCUACGCCUCUUUAAAACUUAGAAAUGUCCAACACUCUGAUGAAGACGACUCCUCCAGUGUCAACAGUGACCCUGAGGCAAAGUGCUUUGCCGUGCGCUCAUUGGGAUGGGUAGAAAUGGCAGAAGAGGACCUUGCACCGGGGAAAAGCAGUGUUGCAGUAAAUAAUUGUAUCAGACAGCUAUCUUACAGCAAGAAUGAUAUCAGAGACACCGUUGGCAUUUGGGGAGAGGGAAAGGACAUGUAUCUGAUCUUGGAGAAUGAAAUGCUGAAUUUGGUUGAUCCAAUGGAUCGAACUCUUUUACAUUUCCAGCCUAUUGUGAGCAUCCGAGUCUGGGGAGUAGGGAGAGACAAUGGAAGAGACUUUGCUUAUGUUGCAAGAGACAAAGAUACAAGGAUUUUGAAAUGUCACGUAUUCCGAUGUGACACUCCAGCAAAGGCAAUUGCUACCAGUCUUCACGAAAUCUGUUCUAAGAUUAUGGCAGAAAGAAAAAAUGCCAAGGCCUCGGCUUGCAGUUCAUUACAGGAGCGACCCAAUGCCAGCUUGGAAGUUCCAUUGCAAGUAGAUUUCCCAACACCAAAGACUGAACUUGUACAGAAGUUCCACUUGCUGUAUUUGGGCAUGGUACCUGUCUCUAAACCAAUAGGUAAGGUAAAAGGUAUGGAUGUCCUAAAUGAAGCCAUUGAAGAGCUCAUGAACCCCACAAACAAGGAGGACUGGACUCCAGUUAUCAUGAAUGUGGCAGAUGCUACUGUAACUGUGAUCAAAGAAAAGGAUGAAGAGGUGUUGGUGGAAUGCAGAGUUCGCUUCUUGUCCUUCAUGGGAGUUGGGAAGGAUGUUCAUACAUUCGCUUUUAUCAUGGACACUGGCAAUCAGCAUUUUGAGACUCAUGUUUUCUGGUGUGAGCCAAAUGCUGGAAGCGUCUCAGAAGCUGUCCAAGCAGCAUGUAUGUUGCGUUAUCAAAAGUGCCUGGUUGCCAGGCCUCCCUCCCAGAAGGCUCAGCCUCCACCUCCUCCUGCAGACUCCGUGACACGAAGAGUAACCACCAGCGUAAAACGGGGUGUUUUGUCCCUAAUUGACACUUUGAAACAGAAACGCCCUGUUGCUGACAUGCCAUAGUUGCUCAUGCGGACAGCAUACUUGAACUUUUUACAUCCAACAUUCUCGCUGAAGUAAAAGUAGCUCAAUGCAGCUCAGCCUUUUAUUCAACUGCUGCUGCUUUGUCUUCAGACAAUUUAUCCCAAUCCGAUGUUCCAACAAGCAUGUUCUCCUGUUCUGACACCAUGGCGUACUAUAAAAAAGAAGCAUGAAUAUAAAUAUAUAUCUAUUCAUAUUUUUUCCUACUAUCAGUGGUUCUCAUAUCAUACAUUGGAUAGUCUGUUUCAGAUUGUAAAUACAAUGAACAUUUCAUGAAAUUACGACAUUUUCUGCACUCUCCUAAUAGUGAAUGUCAUGAGGUACAUCAGUGUAAGGAUUGAUACACAUCCCAUAGUUCACUGACACGAGUCAGCAACGUAAACAACUGCAAUGACAUUUUCACAACAGAGCCUGCUGAUUACCAAAACUAUUUACGUGUCAGUGAAAUCGUUAUCUGGACUUCCUGUUAUUUUUACUGCAAGCUCUAGGCAAAGACUUUACUGAUCAUGCAGAUCAGACUGAAAAUGUGAAAUGUGCUAUUGGAGUUUAGAUAUAAGACACAGCUAGACCAAAAUCCAACUUCUACAGUGUCUGACACGUGUCAUCUUUCUACUUGUGUGUUUCUUUGCUGUGGCUAAUAUUUUGUAACCACCUGCAAAAUUAUCUACACAGCACAUCUAGAUACUGGGUAGUUAACAGUAGUAUCAUUAUUUAAUUGUCUGCCUUUAAAAACAGUAACACAGGAUUUUUCAGUAGAAAGAGCAAUGCUAGCGUUCUUAGUUUCUUAAAUGUGAUUGCGAUUACACAAGUAGAUUUAUUGCCAGAUGGUCAAUGUUUGAUCCAACUUGGCCCUUGUUAGGGCUACUUGAAUAAUGCAGUGGAUACUAAUCUCAAGUAUAAUUAAAACUUUUAUGAUUCACACACAGUAACAUGAAACUGGCAAUGCUCUGUAUUUAAUAGUCUGAAUAUCAUUCUGUAUCUAUGUCCUUUACAAGUUUGCCUUGUCUAGCAGCUGUGUUGGUAAAGAACUGAAUGUAGACAUUUGCAAAGCAAAAUUAUGUUCACAAAUCACAUUGUAUUAACUCAUUAACACAAUUAGAAAGCUGCAGCUGUUUUGGCUAAUUUAAUUAGUCAUUAAUUGUAUUCAGAAGAGUAAUUAGCACACUCUUACCCUUUUCUCCUUCACCAAACUCUAGAGAGUAUUCUGAAGGUUUUAACAUGUUAAAGUUUGUGUCUUACACACGUGCUCAGAGCUUCUCCAGGAAUUAAUGAAAGCACAAAUGCACCUGGAUUUGUAGAAAUAAUUGUUCAUGUAGAAACAAAUAUACAUUUUUGAAAAUCAGAUGUCUUAAUCCCCCAGCUCUGCAAGACAGCUGGAUCUUCCAGCCAUGCUUCAUAAGUGUCCCUGAAACCUCAGGACUACAGCUAGGGAUUAUCCCGCAUUUGAAAACAUUAUAAGUAUGCAACGGCUGUUCUCUCCCUAUUGCAGGGAACCACUGCUUAUUUAUAAAGACCUUCCUACUGUCAUGUUGUAUGGCUAAAAAGCUGUUAAAAUGCCCUGAGCACACUUCAACUAUGAACACUUUUAUAAGUCUCUUCAGGGGCUGCUGUUAUAUUUUUUAAAUUAAAACAUAUCCUGGAGGUUUUAUCCAAAUCCAGCCCCCCUUUGAGACACACCUUUCAGCUUGUCAAGUUGAUAGGUGUUUAGCAGUCAUGAUUAUUUCACUUAGGAAUUUUCAGAUAACUCACUGGUUUAGUUUCCAUGCUUAGAUAAUGCAGAAACUAAUAAACACUAAUAAUCUUACUAUGGGAUAGAAUGAAUUUGGCCUACUAAUCUUGUUAAAGGUGAACUAUUGGAAUAUAACCACUGUAGCUAGAAAAACAACUACCUCCCUUUGGUAGAUGUCUUUUUACAUGUGUUUAGAGAGAAAGUGCAAAACCGAGUGACUGUAUUCAGACACUCAAUUAAAUACAAUAGAAAGUUCAGUAUACUAUCCUUUUUCUUUUUUUAAAGGAUGCCACAAAACAUCCUAGAUUUACCACAAAAAAAGAGUAUCCAGUGAAAAUUAGUUUUAAUUUUUCCACUCAUUUUCCUAUUAAGCAAAGAGCAGAUUAAUGUGUCCCUAAAAAUAAAUCACAAAGUAAUGCCACAGCAGCUUAGAAUUCUGGGUAGUGAUAUGAAUUAAGAUGUAUUUUUUCUUUCUACCUAAUUUAUCAUAACGUGCUUUUAAAUUAAUCAUUUUUUUAUAUAAAGGACAAGUAGUUAUGUAGAUACUUUAUACCGUUACAUUAUGGAUAUCGAUCACACAGCUUAUGCUAGAUUUAAAUGCUCACAGUGAUUUUUGUGAUCCUUCUUGUUACAUUUAGGGUGAAGCCAUAUAAUUUCACUCGCUAAAAUAUUUGUCACAAAACAAUUAUUGCACCAUUCUCUUUAGUGAUUUUACAAGGUCACUCAAGCCCUUAUGGGAAGGAUACGCACACACUGUAACCUCACGGUAAGCAAUAAAAAGCUAACAACUGCUUGAUUUGGACUUGACACUAAAUAAUUUGUGCCUGAAUAUAAUUAAUGCUAUUGGUAAAAUCACAUUUGUAAUCAUUUUAUUUUUUAUUUUGUUGUUGUUUUGUUUUUUAGAAAAUAACUAUUUUUAUUAGUUAUCACAUUGUAAACACAUUUUAAUAUAUUCCUCUUUGAUAAAUUCUUCUUGGAGUCCUUAACAUUAGGUGUGUGAUCAAGCCCAUAUGCUUCUUGUUUUUACUUUUGUAUAAAUGAUACAUUUUUCCCAAGGCCAUAAAAGAUAAAAAAUACUUUUGGAUCAUCACUUAUAAUCUGCUCUUUGCCACCUAAUUUAUAAGAACGACCAAAUAAUUUGUUUAGAAUGUGAUAAAAAAUGGUUAAUACAGUAUUGGCACUUAUUGUAUGUUUUUGUUUUAGAAGCCCACACGUAAUAUUUAGUAAAUACAUGCAAAUAUGAUAGGCAUUGAAGAUUUCUAAUGAUAUGGAAGAAGCAGUGAUCUAUGGGAAAUUUAAAUCCUUUGCAGAUAUUUUGUUUUAAAAAUAGCUUUGCAUAUUUUAACUUUAAAGAAUUAUUUUGUAAAAUCAAUUGUAAAAAAAAAAAAAAAAGUCACUUUUUUUUACAGCCAAAAAAGUAUGUAUGUGGUGUGUAUGUGUGACUAAAUGCCAGUAUAUUAGUAAGAGUUCAUUUAUCUAUGCAUUAUUUGUAUGCUGUGGCUCUAUAAAUAGCCAUGUUCACAAUGCCUUGUACGACUUGUUUUUAUUUUAAUUAAUGUGUCAAAUAUCAGCUUCCAUUUUUUUUUAUUCCAUUUUAUUGGUAUAAAAUAGCUUUCAUCCUCCUCAUGUUUUAGCUUUGUAAAACUUGUCUUCAGAUGAUUCCUGUGCUUAAUGUUCUGUGUUCUGAUACAGUUUGUAAUUAUUUUUAUUCAUUUUCAAUCAUGCUUAGUAAAUAUCACUACACAAUG